AUGAGUCAACAACAAUCUUACAUUCGUCAUUCUAUUUCAAAAUUUCAAGAAAGUUUAUGGUCUGAUUAUCGUACUCAUCCAAAAUCUCAUAAUCAUAAUGUGGUUUCUUUUCUUACUGUUAAAAACACCAAUGCUAUUCGUGAGAUUACUGCUGCUGCUAAUAUUUUAACUGCUAGACAUGAUCUUUUGAGAAGUACUUUUCAUGAUACUGAAGAAAAUGGAAAACCUACUACCCCUUAUAGAAAGAAUAAAAUUAUUAAAAAACCUUUUAAACUUGAAAAAUCUUAUCCUAUCCGUUUCUAUCUUUUUAUGGACCCUGAAGGAAAACAUGAUAAUGAAAUCUGUUUUGUUUCUCAUUAUAUCGCUAUUGAUAGCGCUGGUAAUUUUAAUUUAAUUCAUGAAUUUCAAACUUUAAUGGCCAAAAAAUCUUUACCUAUUUCUAAACUUACUUUCGAUGUUUACAUCAUGAGACAUAAUGAUUGGCUUAAUUCUAAUGAUGAUCAAUCUGUGAUUUCUCAAUUCUGGUUCAAUCAAAUUAAGUCUACUAAAAAUUUUAAAUGGCCAACAAAACGUUCCUCUACUUAUCACUCUUUAGCUCCUCAACCUGUUGCUUGUUCUUAUGAAGUUUUUCAUAAAAAAGUUAAUGAUUUGAAAUCUUUGAGUAAAGUUUUUGGUCUUACUUGGUUUAAAGCUAUGUUUUCUGCUGUGUGGAUCACUAUGGCUUCUUUCAUUGAUAUGAGAUAUAUCAAUUUAUGGAUCCCUUUUACUGGAAGAUGUAUGCAAAUGGGUGAUGAUAAAAAUGCUUUAUCUAAACUUAUCGGUCAUUGUGUUAAUUGUAUGCCUAUUCAUUUUGAUGUUGAUACUACAAAUCCAAUUAAUUUAAAUUCUUUCUUUCAACAUGCUUCUACUUUAUUAACUGAUGCAAAGAAAAAUGAAAUGUAUCCAUUUCUCGAUCUGGCUAGAUAUGCUCAACAAAAUUUUCAACGUCAACUUAAACAACAAAUUUUGGUUACUUCAACACCUAAAAUGCCUAAAGGUUCUCGUAUGUGUACCUUUAAAUCUGAAAUUGAACUUACUUUCGAUUUCGUUCUACUUAAUGAUGAAUCUAUUAAAUUAGUUAUUGAUUAUAAUCCUUCAAUUUUUGAUGUGGCAAAUAUUAAACAAAUUGCUUCUCAAUUCUUGGAUGAAAUGAAUAUGAUAAAAGCACAUAAAAUUUCUUCUUUCAAAAUUCCAAGAAUUUUAAUGCUUAAUGACUCUACAUCUAAUAAUUCUUCCAAAAUUCCAAGAAUUUUAAUGCUUAAUGACUCUACAUCUAAUAAUUUUUCUUCCAUUUCCCAAUUUUCAACAAUUCAUGAACUCAUUCAACGUCAAGCCAAAUCAAUACCUCAUCAAUUAGCAUUAUACAUGGCUGAACUUAAUUUAUCAAUGACUUAUCAAGAAUUGGACAUUAAAACUGGUGGUGCUUAUGUUCCUAUUGAUAAAGAAUAUCCUACUGCAAGAAAAGAAUUUAUUCUUAAUGACUCUAAUGCUUCAUUUUUAAUUACCGAUGAUGAGGAUUAUGCUUGGUAUACAAAUUAUUCCGGUCAAGUAAUUCAAACUAGUAAAAUAAAUCUUACAAAUCAAUCAAUUUCUCCUGUAAAGCCUACAUGUGAUGCUGGAAAUCUUUGUUAUAUGAUUUAUACUUCAGGAACAAUUGGAAAACCAAAAGGCAUAUUGAUUGAACAUCAAAGUGUUACAACCCUUUUAACUGAUCCUAGGUACAAUCAUUUCAAUCGUCAAGGUGGUGGUGUUAGAAUCUUACAAGCUUUCUCAAUGGCUUUUGAUGCAUCUUUAAUGAGUUGGGCUAUUGGUCUUGUUCGUGGUGCUACCGUUUGUUUCGCAAAAAAUCCUAAAUUAUUAAUUGGAACUUACUUAACUGAUAUGAUUAAGCUUAAUGAAAUUGAAGCAAUAGCCGUUGUUCCAAGUGCUUUAUCCACAAUAUCACCUGACGAUUGUGGUCCAACUUUGAAAUGGUUUUUAGUUGGUGGUGAAGUCGUGUCAUCAAAUUUAAUUAAGACUUGGAAAUCAAAAGCUGAUGUAUUCUUUAAUUGUUACGGUCCUACUGAAGCAAGUAUUAUUGCUACAGAUUAUGAUAUCAUCGCUGACAAUAAUCCAGUUUCAUUCGGUUCUUUAAUCGGAACUCCACGUCAACAAGCGGGGAUCCAUAUCUGUGAUCCAGUUACGCAAGAAUUGGUUGAUGGUGUAGGUGAAAUAUGUAUUAGUGGUAUCUGUUUGGCUCGAGGAUACCUGAACUGUGAUGAUCUUACAGAGGAAAGAUUCAUCUAUCAUCCAAAAUUAGAAAAACGUAUUUAUCGAACUGGUGAUCAAGGUCGUGUCCUUGAAGAUGGUAGAGUUGUUUUCUUGGGGCGAAUUGACAGACAAACAAAACUACAUGGGUUCCGUAUUGAACUUACUGAAGUUGAAACUGUGAUGAGCAGUACAUGCCCCGAAAUUUCUCUAGUAUCCGUUCAGGUUAACGAAGCACGACAAACUUUGGUAGCUUUCAUUACACCAAAGAAUUUAGAUCGUGAUGCGGUUACUGCUGAAUUAUACAAAGUAAUGCCAAAACAUCAAGUUCCAACCAUCAUUCCUGUCGAUGAAUUACCUCUUACUCAUAACGGAAAGAUUGAUCAUGCUGAAGUCAAAAAAAUGAUGCCAAAAUUGCUUGAGAAAUCAAAUUUAAAACCUCAAUCACAAAAGAAAGUUGCGUCAGAUGUUUUAAAAAAUUGGUCUACUAUAGUUGCUCACUUACAAACAUUCUGGCAAGAACUUAUUGGAUUAAAGGAUAAACCAGAUAUUGAUACCACCUUUUUUGAUUUGGGUGGUCAUUCUCUCUUGUUGGUACAAUUACAUAAAAAAAUCCAACAAAUUCCAUCUGCACCACAAAUUGAUCUUAUGAAUCUUAUACAAAAUCCAACGAUUAGGUCUAUGGCAAAUCUUCUUGCACCCGCUGUUGAAUCAUCAAUUUCUGAAACCGUUCAGGAGAACAUAAACGAAAUAACUAAUAAUGAACCAUACGCUUUUAAUGAUGAAAUAGCAAUAGUUGGAAUGACUGGAUUCUUCCCCGGUGCUAGAUCAGUUGAUGAACUUUGGGAUUUGAUUGUAACUGGAAAACAUGGAAUUCAUAAAUUUACCGAUGAAGAACUUGAUAGAUUACAUGUACCUAUGGAUAUGCGGAACGACCCUAGUUAUGUACGAAGAUUAGGUGUUCUCUCUGACAUCGAUCAAUUCGAUGCCGCGUACUUUAAUAUUACUUCUAAAGAAGCAAUGGCCAUGUGUCCUCAACAACGUUUAUUAUUAGAAUUGUCUGCACAAGCUUUAGAUGAAGCUGGAAUCAAUCCUGAAAAAGAAAAAGGUCGAAUAGGUGUAUUUGCCGGGGUUGUAGAUAGUACAUAUAACAACACUUCUAUGGAUUACGCUAAACUAGACCCUGCUAUACGUCAUAGAAACAUUCUUGGUGUUUCUAUUGGAAGUGUAGCAACAAGAGUUUCAUAUCAUUUGAAUCUUACUGGCCCAUCUUAUUCAGUUAAUUCCACAUGUUCUAGCUCUUCAACCGCGUUAAAGACUGCAGUGAAUAGUCUUCAAUGCGGCGACUGCGAUGUUGCGAUUGUGGCUGGUGCUUGUAUCCUCUUACCUCAAACUGGAUAUUUAUAUCAACCUGAAUUCAUUUACUCUGCCGAUGGUCUAUGUCGUCCAUUUGACCAUCUUUCUGAUGGUACCGUUACUGGUAAUUCAGUGACAGCCAUUGUUUUGAAGAAAUUAUCAAGUGCUGUCGUUGAUAGAAAUCCUAUUUCCGCAAUUCUUAAAUCUGUUGCGUUUAAUAAUGAUGGAAGCAACAAACUUAGUUUUAUGUCACCUAGUGUUGAUGGACAAUGUGAUGCAAUCAAAAAAGCAAUUCAAGCUGCAAAAAUUUCUCCUACUGAUAUUUGUGUUAUUGAAGCUCAUGGAACAGCGACAAGAAUAGGUGACCAAAUGGAAAUUAAAGGUCUUACUAAAGCAUUCAAUGAACUUACUCCAUCAACACAAAAGAAGACACAAUAUUGUGCUAUUUCUUCGGUAAAAACUAAUAUUGGACAUUGUAAUAUUGCCUCUGGAAUAACUGGUGUAAUAAAAGCUGUUAAAUCAUUGGAAAAUCGUGUCAUAGCUCCUAUGGCGCAUGGACUCUUUGAAAAACCAAACCCAUUAAUCGAUUUUGCAUCUACACCAUUUUAUGUUGCAACAGAUUUAAGUAAAUAUGAGGGCUCAAAACCCAUGUACAUUGGUGUGAGUUGUUUUGGUGUUGGCGGAACAAAUGGACAUUGUAUUUUAGCAGAAUAUAAAAAAGAAAAAUUGGUUCAAAAAGAUUCUGCGUUUGAAAACUCUAGAGUUAUUUUACCUUUUUCUGCAAAGAACAUUGAUGCAUUAGGCAGAAUGAAAGAAAACUUUGUUAAUCAUUUCGAAAAGGGUGAUUUUACUUUGCAAGAUCUACAUGACACGGCAAGAACACUCCAACUGGGUAGAACAGAACAUUCAUUCCGUGGUAUAGUGAUUGCAUCAUCAAUUUCUGAGGCAAUAACUCAACUUAAACAAGCAAAAGCACCAGUACGUGCAAAAGCUACUAGAUGUAACAUUUUCGUCGCUCCCGGACAAGGUAGUCAUUCCAUCUCAAUACAUAGACAGCUCUAUAAAUCUUCAGUAUUAUAUCAAAAAAGGUUUAAAGAUUGUGUGAAAUUUUUACAAAAAUAUGAUCCAUCAGUACCAGAUCUUACAUUGUAUCUUACGACAGAUAUACAUGAUGCAACUUAUGAUCCUCUUUUGGUUUUCAUAUCAAGUUAUAUUUUAGCAGAAAUUAUUCAAUCUUCACUCAAACUACCAAUUUCUGGCGCGAUUGGGCAUAGUCUUGGACAAUAUGUUGCAGCAACUAUUGCUGGUGUAUUCUCAUUAGAAAUGGCUUUGGCCAUAGUCCUUGAAAGAACAAAAGUCAUGCAUAAAAUGGAGAAAGGUUUAAUGUUGGCGGCAAAUUUAACUAGAGAAGAUGCGUUAAAGUAUGUUACUAAAGGAAAAAUAUCUUUGGCUGCAAGUAAUGAAUCAGAACAACAAGUUUUUUCGGGAAGACCAAAAGACAUUGAAGAAUUAGCCAAAAUUUUGAAAGAAAAAAAUUACAAAUGUAAGGCUCUUAACUCUUCAUACGGAUUCCAUUCUCAUCUUGCAGAUCCGAUUUUGGGUGAAUUUGAAAGUAAAAUUUCACCAUUACUUGAAGAAGCAUCUUUAAAGAAGGAUACUCUUAUAGGUGUUCCUUUCAUUUCAAAUGCUACCGGACAAUGGGUUGAUAUUGAAGAAAUUUAUACUGCAAAAUUCUGGAGUGUACAUCUAAGAGAAACAGUUUUAUUUGAAGCUGGAAUUUCGACCAUUUGUUCAGCAUUCGUAAAUCCAUCAUUCAUUGAAAUUGGAAUAGGUGCAGUUACUAGCAGGUUAAUUCAAAGAAUAACAAAUAAUAAAGAAAUAGCAAUAAGAGGUUUUGAUUCGGAAAAGACUUCCAUUGAAGAAAUGAUUGGAAAUUGUUGGGCAAAUGGAGUAGAAAUCAACUGGAUCAAAUACUAUGAAUCUGUUUCUCCUGCAAUGAUAAACACACAACUCAUUAAAUUACCAUCUUAUCCAUUCAAACGCAAGAGCUAUUGGAUCGAUCAAUUCAAACAAGCUAACCAUAGAUUUAUGGUUCAAAAUAAUUAUGAAGAUUCUUCAAAAGAUGAUGAAAACGAUGACGAAGGUGUAGAAAAUUUAGAAGAUAAUAAAGAUCUCACAAUCGAAGACAGAGUUGCUCUAUGCUUUAGGAAAGUUUUGGACUUGGAAGACGUUUAUCAUGACAAUAGUUUCUACGAACUCGGUGGUGAUUCCCUUUUAGGAUUGUCUUUACUGGCAGCAUUAAAGAAAGAGUUUGGCAUUCACUUAUCAACGCCAAGUAUUCUAGUAACCUAUCCAACUCCUAAUACCUUGGCUAAAUUCAUUCAAGAGACCAUUAAUAAACAAGAAUCUCAAGUAAACCAACCAACAUUGGUAACUCUUAACCCUGGAGACAAAGAAUUCAAGAAUGCAAUUUAUGUAAUACAUCCAAUUGGAGGAUCCUGUGCCAUUUAUAAAGAUAUGGCAAAAUCAUUUGGAAAGAUGCCUGUUUAUGGAUUGGAAUAUCCAGAAAUUGGAUCUCCAAAUAUGAAAUAUCAUACCGUACAAGAGCUCGCUCAAAUUUACCUUAAUGAAAUAUUGAAAACAAAUACUAAUGGCCCAUAUAAUCUUUUAGGUUCAUCUUUUGGUGGUGUAGUUGCUUAUGAAAUAGGAUGUGAACUAAUUAAACAAGGAAAAUCCAUAAAUUCUCUAACAAUGUUAGAUUCUCCAAAUAGCAAAUAUAUGCCAAAAUCUUUAACAAAUGCAGCAGAAAUUUUGGACUAUAUGUUUUCUGAAAUAUAUGAUCUAAAUGGAUUAGUGGGUCUAGAUGAUGAGAAAGCAUUAGAACUGGUUGUUAGUAAAGCAUCAAAAUCGGGUUCAAAAGGCUCAGUCUCAUCAGAUAUGUUGAAAAUAUUUGUUGAUUUUGCCAAGCUCAACUUAAGAGCAUUAAAAGAGUAUCAAUUGCCAAUACCUAAAAAACCAAUGAAUGCAUUAUUCUUUAAAGCCAUGAUUAAGAGAGAAGAAUACGACGCAACUUUCCCAGAAAGAGCCUGGAAAGAAGCACUUGAUAGUUGUGGUGGACGAUUCGAAUGUAUUGAACUAGAAGGAACCCACAAUGGGUUGAAUCGACUGCCCAUAUGUGAAAAGUUUCACAUUUGUUAG